CAAAUAAAUGUUUUGAAUGUUACCGUAAUUCCUUCAUACAAAAAUCAAACAAAAUCAUGCAAGAUUCACCAUUACAAUUAUUAAUCAAAACAUAUUGUCUUUUUACGUUUGUUUGUUUUGAACAGCCACAAUUACCAUCGGAACAAUGUCCAAAAUUUUGUCAAUGUUUUACUGCACCACUUGUAGAUGAUGGUGAAGCACAUUUAACUAAUAGUUUAGUUUGUACAAAAUCCGAAGCAAUAUUGGAUGAAAAAUUUCCAAACAAACAAUAUCCAAUAUUAAAUUCAUUGAUAAUUAAUGUUAAAAAUGAUGGAAAAGAUGAUUUACAAUCAACAAAAUUUUCGAAAAAUAUUCCAAUCAUUUCUGUUAAUCAUUUAACAUUACAAGGUUUUACUGGUAGACUAACGGAUCGAAAAACGCCAACAAUAUUCAAUUGGUUUGAUACAAGUGAAAUAAAAUCAUUAUCAUUUAUUGAAUGGUCAAAUAAUGAAGUAUUUAAUGACCCGGUUGCAUUUAAUUUUGCUAUAAUGCAAAAAUUUUCACAAUUACAAAUAUUAAGAUUUGAAUCUUGUUUUUUACAAAUAAUUGAUCAAGAUUUUAACAGUGUUCAAUUGGAAAAAUUACAUACUCUUAUAAUAAAACAAUCAAAACUUAAUUAUAUUCAUCGAAAUGCAUUUAAUGGAAAAGCUAAACAAUUUCGUCGUAUUAUUCUUUCAAAUAAUCAAUUAACCAAUCUUAAAUGGAUAACAUCAUUAUUAUCUGAAGAAACAUUUGAAUCACUUUGGCAAUUAGAUUUAAGUAAUAAUUGUUUAAGAAUAUUACCCAAAAAACUUGUUGAAAAAUUACCCAAUCUAAAUGUUUUAUAUAUUUAUGGAAAUAAUUUUAAAUUUUUUCAAUAUGAAUCAUUAAUACCAUGGUUUAAAAUCCAGGAAUUUCGUUUAUCACAUACAACCGCCAAUGAUAUAAUAUAUCUGAAUGAUCAAAUGAAAUGGAUUGAUAAAUUUCCAUCAAUUUUCAAACAAAUCGAUUCAAUGUUUACAAUGGAAUCAUUUUUAAAAUUUUAUCAAUAUUGUCAUGAUAAUGAUGGUUUGAUCAAAAUGGAUUAUUUAUGGAAUAAUUUUGGUUCAUUACAUUAUCGUAAAUAUAUACCGGAUAAAUUAAUUAUUCAAAAUGGCGAUGAUCAUGGUCAAUUGGUUAUUAAUCAUUGUGAUUCGAAAGAACAAUCGGCACAGAUAAACGAACCAAUCUUUUUGAUCGGUUUAGAAGUAACAGAUAUUCUGAUUCGACAAGAAAUUCCAUUCUUUAAAAUACUUUCAUCAUUAGGUGAUUCAAUGCCACCAACACAAGUGGUACCAAAAACAAAACAUGCAAUAAAAUUAUUUUUAAUGGAUAAAGAUAUGUGGAAUUUUUGGAUGAAUGGACAACGAAAACGAACAAACAAUGAUAUAAUACUUUGGAUCGAUAUUGUUGAAGAACUUUUAGAUCUGGCAUAUACAAAAAAUCAAUAUAUAAUGUUAACAUUUUGGUCGCAUAAAGAAUUCAGCGAUUUGGCAAUGCCAUCAAAUUUAUUGAAUGCAGAAAAUUUUAAACAAACAAUAAUUAAACCAUUAAUCGAAAAAAUUCAUGAUCAUCCAUCAUUAAUGGGUAUUGAAAUUGUUGAUAAUGCUUUUCAAACACAGUUAUCAAAUUCAAAACAAAAUAUUGAUCCAAAUAUACUUCGGAAUAAUUGUCCAUAUAAUGAUGAAUUUUUACGAAAAAUUCAAAAUGAAAUUGAAUUCAUUGCCUAUCAUGUUGGAAUGUUGAAAGAAUAUUUAAAUGAACCAUUAAUCGGUAUUGGUAUGGAUAGUAAUUGUAAACCAUGUUUACCAUUAUUAUUAAUUGAUGAUUGUUUAUCCGAUCAAUCAUCAACUAUUAAUAGUGGUAGUAAUUUUGAUUUUAUUACAAUACGUAGUUUAUUUUCAGAAACUAAUACCAUAUAUGGUUAUAAAGAAUUGGAAAAAAAUUUUAAUAAUUGGUUUUUACAACAUGAAAAAAUGAAUUCAAUUAAUAAAAAACAUCUUUUCUAUUCAAUAUAUGGUAAUUAUGUUAAAUUAGAUCAAAAUGUUGUAAAACAAUUGGAAAAAUUUACAAUGGGAUAUUUUACACCUUCUGAUCAUCGAUCAUUGGCUAAAAUUUUUGCAGAAAAAAAUGAAACAAAUAUCAACAAAACAACAGCAAAAAGCUCUUGAACAAAAAAAACUCAAAUCAAAUUUUAAAAUCAAAACAAAUUCACUCAAUAGAUGG